AUGGCUACUAUCGAGAAGAACGACCUUGAUGACAGCAAGCUCGAGUAUGUUGAGGACCUCGAGAAGACAAACACCACUUGGGACGAUAGACCAACUCUUGAUCCUGAGCUGGACAGACGCAUCACGCGAAAGUUCGACACACAUGUGGUCCCCUGGUUGUUCGGUCUCUGGCUACUAGCCUUCAUCGAUCGUAGCAACAUCGGCAAUGCUCGUAUUGAUGGCCUCGCUACCGACCUCAAACUUAAUGGAGACACGUUCAACAUUGCAUUGGCUGUCUUCUACGUACCCUACAUCAUGGUCGAUGUGCCGUCCAAUCUGGUCUUAAAGUACUUCCAGGCAGGCUAUUACCUCCCCGCACUCAUCAUCGGAUGGGGAUUGGUCGGAAUGGGCAUGGGCUUUGUCAAGAGCUAUACUGGACUUAUCGUUACACGUUUCUUCUUAGGACUUAUGGAAGGUGGUCUAUUGGGCGGCAUGAUCAUCUAUCUAGCAAUGUUUUACCGCCGCCACCAACUUAUGUUCCGCAUUGGACUUUUUUACUGUGCAGCUCCCUUAAGUGGCGCGUUUGGUGGUUUGCUUGCUACCGGUCUUGCCAGGAUCCACACCAAAGAUUACAAAGGAUGGCCAUUUAUCUUCUUCGUGGAAGGAGGCUUCACAGUUCUCUUUGGUAUCCUCACAAUAUUCUUCUUGCCACAUACGCCAGCCGAGUCGAAGUUCUUGACCGAAGAAGAGAAGGCUGGUGCUGCUUUGCGUAUGCAUCUAGAUUCACAUGGAUCCGAUGCUGCUGACGAUGUGAAAAACGAGAAGUUCAGCUGGCAUUGGGUCCGCAUGGCCUUCUUGAACUGGAAUACCGUCCUCCUCUCUUUGAACUUCUUCGCCAUCAUUACACCUAUCUACUCGUACUCGUUGUUCCUGCCGACCAUCAUCAAGAGCUUGGGAUACAAGGCAGUGCACGCCCAACUUCUGACUGUGCCUCCAAACGUCGGAGCGUUCCUGAGCGUGCUUCUCGUUACCUGGCUGUCGGAUAAGUACCGUAUGCGUGGACCCUUCAUGCUGGCUGGCUGUAUUGUAGCAGUUGGUGGAUAUAUCAUGCUCAUCUCCAGCAACCACCAUACGAUUCAGUAUGGUGGGACCUUUCUGGUUGCUGCAGGCAUCUUCCCUUGCAGCCCGCUCGUUAUGGGAUGGCUGGCCAACAACUUGGCUCCUCAUUACGUUCGCGCUACUGGCACCGGUGCCCAGAUAAUGAUUGCAAACUGUGCUGCUUUCAUUGCCACGUUCACUUAUCUUUCAAAGGAUGCUCCUCGCUACAUCACUGGUCAUGCUAUCAACAUUGGAAUGUUGUGUUUGUCUUUGAUCAUCACCUCCUGUAUGUUGGUUUACUGCAGCUGGGAGAACAAGAAGAGAGCAGCCGGUAAACGUGAUUACAGAUUGGCAGAGGGAGAUGAGUCAAUGCUUGGCUACAAGCAUCCGUCAUUCAGGUACACCUUGUAG